CUCGGUAUCUCGUGUUUGACAUUUCAUCGCGCCGUUCGUGUGAUAUUCGGUUUCUGACUUGCGAAUUGUUCUCACUGAAAGAUCAUCACGAGGUCUCUCAGCACCUCAUGCAUUCCGAGGCGUCGUUUCUUCAUCUCGGAUCUCGCCCCUUGAGACUAGGUUGCGAAGCGCCCAGAAGACAGACCCAUUCCGCAGCAGGACCUGCACUUGACGCAAUAUGAACGUUCACGAUCACGACCACAACCUCGAGUCGCCUUACACGCCCGGAUUCAAGAAAGAAGAGACUUCAGACUACCUCUCGCCCAUCCCGCAGUUCCCGCGUCCGGAGAGACAGAACACCCGGACGAGCGUUGUUGCUUCCCUAGGCGGGGGUCUGCCGCCGGAUCCCGAGGAACCAGAUCCACCGAAAGAGAGCUUGAGGGGGUGCGUGGUCUUGCUCGGAUGUGUCUUGAUAGCAGCGACCAACAUGGGAUUCGGAAUGUCCGUCGGAGCCCUUCAGACGUACUACCACUCGGAAGUGUAUACAUCAACGCCCGAGAGCGUGAUCGCCCUGAUAGGAGGUCUGAUCGCAUUCUGUUGUACCAGCUUGGCGAGUUUUGGGGGCAGAGCCGCGGAUAGCUUCGGGUACAAGCCUACGAUCUUCUUCGGCUGUAUACUCGGGGCGGCAGCGAUCCUCCUUGAUGCUUUCGCUACCAAGCUCUGGCAGGUCUUCAUGACGCAGGGUGUGAUGUUCGGGGUCGGCCAAGCUUUCAUGGUACCUCUCAUCUUAUCCUUGCCCAGCCAAUGGUUCUUCAAGCAUCGAGGACUUGCGACAGGCCUAGUCGGAGGAAGCGCCGGUCUAGGAGGAGCCCUCACCUCCUUCGGCCUGAGAAGCAUGAUCAACCGCUUUGGACAGUCCCGAACUCCCCUCGCGAUCUGGUCCGGUAUAUGUGCGAUCGUCUGGGCCAUCGCGUGGCUGUUGCUGCGCGAGAAUCGACCUACACCAGAUCUGAGCCGUUUGGUCAAACGGGGACCGGAUGGGACGAGAAAGUUUGAGUUGGUCAAACGACCUGGGGUGGGGCCUUUGUUGAAGGAUCACGUCUUUUGGUCGUUCCUGUUGUGCAUCUUCGUCUCGUGCUUCGGAUACCUCUGCCCGUUCGCCUACUUGACGAGUUACGCUGCAGACGUUGUCGUCCCCGGUAUGGACCCUUCAAGAAUGGGGCCUUUGACCUCGACUUGGCCACUUUUCUGCGCCAACUUUGGACUCUUUACGGGUCGGGUGAUCAUCGGCUACACAGCCGAUCGACUAGGCUCGAUCCAGAGCCUCGUCCUCUCACUCGAGAUCGCCGGUCUUCUUCAGAUCGUAGCCUGGCAUUUCGCCACCAGCUUCGAAGGCGUCCUGGCCUUUGCAUUCAUCUACGGUCUGACAGGCGGAGCGGCCCUCAGCUUGAUCGCGCCCGUCAUAGCGCAGAUCUACGGCGCGAGAGAGAACAUGGCAUCCAUCGUCGGCUUGGCGAUGCUGUCGAGUGCUCCCGGGUCCAUGUCCGGUCCUACCCUGGCAGGAGCUGUGCUUAACGCUAGUGGAGGCCGUUGGCUCACCUUCCAGGCCGUCGCGGGUAGCUUGCAGAUGGCCGGUGGACUGAUAGGUAUCUGGACGUGGUGGUACGGAGUUGGCCCCAUGCGAUGGGGAAAUGGACACAGUCGACGUAAAUGAAACCGCAAACACGCAACUUAACGCUGCGCCCUGUAAUAAACUAUACUGUAGCAUA